AUGGCCAACCCUCCCCACGGUGGUAUCCUCAAGGAUCUCAUUGCUCGCGAUGCCCCUCGUCGCCAGGAACUCAUUGCAGAGGCCGAGAAGCUGCCUGCCAUUGUCCUCAAUGAGCGUCAGCUCUGUGAUCUCGAGCUCAUCCUGAACGGAGGCUUCUCCCCUCUUGAGGGUGAUGUGGUCGACAACAACCGUCUUGUCGACGGCAACCUUUUCUCCAUGCCCAUCUGUCUUGAUGUCUUCCAAGAGACAAUUGACGAAGUCAAGGCAAAGCCUGGUGCCCGUAUCACCCUCCGUGACUUCAGAGAUGACCGCAACUUGGCCAUCAUUACUGUCGACGACAUCUACCGUCCCGACAAGAAGAAGGAGGCUGUCGAGGUCUUUGGUGCUGACGAUGAGGCCCACCCUGCCGUCAAGUACCUGUACAGAACUGCUGGUGACUUCUACAUUGGUGGCAAGAUCGAUGCCAUUGACCGUCUGAUGCACUACGACUACGUCGCUCUCAGAUACUCUCCUGCAGAGAUUCGUCUGCACUUUGACAAGCUUGGCUGGUCCAGAGUUGUCGCUUUCCAGACCAGAAACCCCAUGCACCGCGCUCACCGCGAGCUGACUGUCCGCGCUGCUCGUUCUCGUCAGGCCAACGUCCUCAUCCACCCCGUCGUUGGUCUCACCAAGCCUGGUGACAUUGACCACUUCACCCGUGUCCGUGUCUACCAGGCCCUCCUUCCCCGUUACCCCAACGGCAUGGCUGUCCUCGCCCUUCUUCCUCUGGCUAUGCGUAUGGCUGGUCCUCGUGAGGCUUUGUGGCACGCCAUUAUCCGUAAGAACCACGGUGCUACCCACUUCAUCGUCGGUCGUGACCACGCCGGACCUGGCAAGAACAGCCAGGGUCAGGACUUCUACGGACCUUACGAUGCCCAGGAUCUUGUUGAGAAGUACAGAGACGAGCUCGGUAUCGAGGUCGUUCCUUUCCUCCAGAUGACUUACCUUCCCGACUCGGACGAGUACCGUCCCAGAGACCAGGUCCCUAAGGACGUCAGAACCCUCGACAUCUCUGGUACCGAGCUUCGUCGCCGUCUGCGCACUGGUGGUGACAUCCCAGAGUGGUUCUCAUACCCUGAGGUUCAGGGUUUCACCGUCUUCCUGACUGGUUACGCCAACAGUGGCAAGGAUGCUAUUGCCCGUGCUCUGAACGUUACCUUCAACCAGCAGGGUGGUCGCACCGUUUCGCUUCUUCUCGGAGAGACCGUCCGCUCGGAGCUCAGCUCAGAGCUCGGCUUCAACAAGGAGGAUCGCAACACCAACGUUGGCCGCAUCGGCUUUGUUGCCAGUGAGUUGACCAAGGCUGGCGCCGCUUCAAGCAGAAAGCACGCCCGCGAGCUUGUCGAGAAGUACGGAUCGUUCUACCUCAUUCACGUUGCCACACCACUCGAGGAGUGUGAGAAGACCGACCGCAGAGGCAUCUACGCUGCCGCUCGCCGCGGUGAAAUUAAGAACUUCACUGGCGUCGACGACCCUUACGAGACUCCGGCCGAGGGUGAGGCCAACCUGACCGUUGACCUGACCAAGAUCAGUGUGCGCACAGCUGUUCACCAGAUUGUGUUGCUGCUCGAGGCCGAGGGGCUUUUGGACCAGCUCUAA